AUGGCAUUAUCAUCACGAAGGGCGGUUCAGCUUGCUUUUCUCGAGGAGAAUGGGGGUUUGUCAGCCGGCGGUUGGAAGUUGGCCCAGCGUCGUCAGCAGGCUGAGGUAAUCGCCAGAUUAGAGUUCGAGCUCAGCCCAGAAGGUUCAGUGCCCACCACCGACGACCAUCCACCAUGCCCCAGCCGAGCCCGCCCCACGCCCCAGCUGUACACGCCCGCGGGUGCCAAGCCGGGCGAAGCGCCCCGGAGCGCGUUGGCGCCGCUGAAGGACCCGAGCAACCGGCUGGAGCCGACGCAGCACCCGGCCGGCCACCCGGCCGGCCAGCCCAAGCCCUUCCCGCCCCCCACGGCCGAACCCACCAUGUCCGAGCUCCUCGCCGCCUCCGCCGCCCUCCCCGGCAUCCCCGCCUUCAACCACGACGCCAGCGGAUUCAUGAGCGACGUCCGAGGCGACAACGGCCUCGUGAGCUGGCGCAAGGGCCAGGGCUUCCGCGCCUGGGAAUCCGCUAUCCUCGCGAACCCCGAGGUCCAGCGAAAAGCGAACGUCGCCCAGCUCUACUUCUACGACCAUUAUUUCGAUCUGUUGACUUACUUGAACGGCCGCAAGAAGCGCUUGGCGCUGUUCCGCGAGUCGGCGACCCGCCCGGAGGUCGAUCCGGCGCAAGCGGGGAUGGAGUGGCGGUCGUACUGCGGCCGCGAGCGGGCGCUGUUGCGGAAGCGACGGACGAAGCUGAAGCUGGACUCGUUCCACAUCAUCGUCCAGGUGGGCCAGGGCGGGUACGGCGAGGUGUAUCUGGCGCGACACAAGCUCUCGAAGGAGGUGGUAGCGCUGAAGAAGAUGAAGAAGAAGACGCUGCUGAAGAUGGACGAGGUGCGGCACGUGCUGACGGAGCGGGACAUCCUGACGGCGACGAGCAAGUCGGACUGGCUGGUCAAGCUGCUGUACGCCUUCCAGGACCCGGACUACAUCUAUCUGGCGAUGGAGUUCGUGCCGGGGGGGGAUGUGCGGACGCUGCUGAACAACUCGGGGGUGCUCAAGGAGGAGCAUGCCAAGUUCUAUGCGACGGAGAUGUUCGUGGCCGUCGACUCGCUCCAUCGGCUCGGCUACAUCCAUCGCGACCUCAAGCCCGAGAACUUCCUCAUCGACCGCUCCGGCCACAUCAAGCUCACCGACUUCGGCCUCGCCGCCGGCGCCAUCAACCCCGGCAAGAUCCAGUCCCUCAAACAUAGACUCGACGAGGCCAAGGACGAGAACCUCCAGCUCGGGCGCUCCACCGUCGAGAUGAAGACGAUCUACAAGACGCUCAGACUCCAGGAGCCCAGGUAUGCCGACUCGAUCGUCGGCUCGCCCGACUACAUGGCCAUCGAAGUCUUGCGGGGCCAAAGCUACAGCUUCUCAGUCGACUACUGGUCAUUAGGAUGCAUCCUGUUCGAGUUCCUCUCCGGAUACGCGCCCUUUGCGGGCUCGAGCCCGGAAGAGACGUGGGCGAACCUCAAGAACUGGGCCCGGGUCCUGCGCCGGCCGCACUACGACAAGCCGGAGGACCAGAUCUUCAACCUGUCCGACGAGGCCUGGCUGGCCAUCGUCGGGCUCAUCAACGCCAAGGAGAAGCGCUGCUCGUCGCUCGACCACGUCCAGCGUCUCGCCUUCUUCGCCCACAUGCAAUGGGACAACAUGCGCCGCGUCGUCCCGCCCUUCAUCCCCUCCCUGGACUCCGAAAUCGAUGCGGGGUAUUUCGACGACUUCGGCAACCCCGAGGAGAUGAAGAAGUACGGCGAGGUGUUCGAGAAGGCGCGUGCGGUCGAGCUCGUCCAAGAGCGCGACGCCCCCGGCGCCGCGAACAACUGCCGCGGGGUCUGGGUCGGGUUCACGUUCAAGGGCGGCAAGACCGCCGAGCUCCUCCGCGGCGCCGUGCCCGCCGACGACCCCCGUCUGCCGACCAAUCAGGCCCGCCAUCCCUUGCUCGAGUUCGGCGACGACGACGUGCUGGAAUGCAUGUUCUGA